UGGUGUCUCUCGCUCUCUCGAGAUCCAAAAAUGGCGACGAUGGAGAGCUUGAUAGGCCUCGUCAAUCGAAUCCAGAGGGCAUGCACCGUCCUCGGAGACCAUGGCGGCGAGGGAUCCUCCCUUUGGGAAGCCCUUCCCUCUGUCGCCGUCGUCGGAGGCCAGAGCUCCGGGAAGUCGUCGGUGCUGGAGAGCAUCGUUGGCAGGGAUUUCCUCCCUCGCGGUUCUGGAAUUGUGACGAGGAGGCCAUUGGUGCUCCAGCUGCAUAAGCUGGACCGUGGGCAAGCAGAGUAUGCAGAGUUUCUUCAUGCGCCCAGGAAGAAAUUCGCUGACUUUGCUUCUGUCAGAAGAGAGAUUUCGGAUGAAACUGAUCGCAUAACUGGGAAAUCAAAACAGAUAUCCAAUGUUCCAAUUCACUUGAGCAUUUACUCUCCACACGUUGUAAACUUAACACUCAUCGAUCUUCCGGGAAUGACAAAGGUUGCAGUAGAGGGACAACCUGACAGCAUUGUUGAAGAUAUUGAUAAUAUGGUGCGGUCGUAUGUUGAAAAGCCCAAUUGUAUCAUACUGGCAAUUUCUCCCGCGAAUCAAGAUAUCGCUACUUCAGAUGCUAUAAAGUUAGCGAGAGAAGUUGAUCCUUCAGGUGAGAGAACAUUUGGAGUUCUAACAAAGCUGGAUUUGAUGGACAAGGGUACCAAUGCUCUCGACGUACUUGAAGGAAGAGCUUAUCGAUUACAACAUCCUUGGGUUGGAAUCGUCAAUCGCUCACAAGCCGAUAUAAACAAGAAUGUCGACAUGAUAGAUGCUCGACGUAAAGAGCAGGAGUACUUUGCAACUAGCCCUGAUUAUGGACAUUUGGCACACAAAAUGGGUUCUGAAUACUUGGCUAAGCUUCUAUCUCAGCAUUUGGAGAGUGUGAUCAGAUCACGCAUACCAAGCAUUAUUGCUUUGAUUAAUAAAACAAUUAGUGAACUUGAGGCGGAGCUGGAUCGAUUGGGAAGACCCAUUGGAGUUGAUGCAGGGGCACAACUUUACACAAUACUUGAGAUGUGUCGUGCAUUUGAUCGUGUAUUUAAAGAACACUUGGAUGGGGGGCGACCAGGUGGAGACCGCAUAUAUGGUGUAUUUGACAAUCAACUUCCGGCUGCUUUGAAAAAGCUCCCCUUUGAUAAGCAUCUCUCCUUACAAAAUGUCCGGAGAGUUGUUUCUGAAGCAGACGGUUAUCAGCCGCAUCUGAUCGCACCCGAACAAGGAUAUAGAAGGCUUAUAGAUGGUUCCCUAGGCUUUUUCAAAGGACCUGCUGAAGCCUCGGUUGAUGCAGUGCACUUUGUCUUGAAGGAACUCGUUCGGAAGUCUAUCACCGAAACUGAGGAAUUAAAGCGGUUUCCGACUCUUCAAGCUGACAUAGCAGCUGCAGCAAAUGAAGCCUUGGAAAGAUUCCGCGAUGAUAGCCGGAAAACAGUUCUUCGGUUAGUGGAAAUGGAAUCUAGUUAUCUCACAGUUGAAUUCUUCCGAAAACUUCCUCUUGAACCUGAGAAAGGAACAAACAACCCAACUCCCACCACAGACAGAUAUGCUGAUGGCCACCUCAGGAGAAUAGGUUCAAAUGUAUCGGCUUAUGUCGGUAUGGUAUGCGAGACAUUGAGGCUCACCAUUCCAAAGGCCAUUGUUUACUGUCAAGUUAGAGAAGCCAAAAGAUCAUUGCUUAAUUAUUUCUACAGCCAAGUUGGUCAACGAGAGAAGCAACUUGGCGCUAUGUUGGACGAAGAUCCUACUUUAAUGGACAAAAGGAAUGGCAUAGCUAAGCGUUUAGAAUUGUACAAAUCUGCUAGAGAUGAAAUCGACUCCGUUGCAUGGAAGUGAUAACACCAGUGUUUUUUUGAGUAUGAGAAGAAACAAAUUCGAGGCAGUAAGAGUUUGCGGAGAGCUUAUUCAUCUAUUUUUUUCCCGGGCGCACUAGCUCACUAGUAGUGCCCGAUUCAGUAUACGAACUACAUUUGUUUUGCAGUGUGUAUUAAUUGACUCGGGAUUAUAUUUUUCCUUGAGUUGGAAUCAAUGAAAAUAAGACUUUGUUACAGCU